CAAAAGGUGAAAAUCAUGAGAGGAAAAAAAACAGAAAAAGGGGGAUGGAGAAAGUGAACAUAGCACGGUUGAUUUAUAUUCGGUCUCCACAGUUCUCUCUCUGGAUGCAGAUGACAUUUUCUUUCCAGAGUUAUUGGGAUUGCUUUGGCUCACUGAACCACUGAGAAGAACCAAGUCUUUCAUAGUUGAUUAUGACAUAAUCUUGCUAUUACUGUGUACAAUGUAUUCCUCGUUCUACUUGUUUCUCUCAGCAUCAGUUCGUGUAAAUCUUUCCAGGCCAUUCUAAAAUCAGCUUGUUUAUUAUUCAUCAUUUCUUACAGCACGUUUAUAUUCUCUUAUAUUGAUGAUCCAUACCUGCCCUGCUACCCAUGCAUCUGAGACUGGCAAGAUAUCUUGAGUUCGGGAAGUUCUGAGGUAUAAUAGGCUAAGCCUCAUUGGAUGUCUGCACUAAGUCAAUCAAUAUGGAUAAAACCAGUAGGGGUUCAAGAACACUUAGAUGUAGGAAGAUCAGGAUGGCUACUCCUCACCAUGAAGCUUCCCAGUCAAAUCUCAGAAUUCCAUUUAGUCAAUUGCCUGAUGAGCAUGAAUUCUAUGGUGGCUCACUGACACAGUGCCCUUUCCAAAGUUCUUGGGGUCAGGACAAUCCACUUUCUGAUGGGAGCCAGGAUCAUCACAAGAAAUUGAAGAUGGACACCCCUACUACCUUAGAUGAACAUUCCCAGCAGGUCUCACAACCCAGCUGGCUCAGCAUCUCAAGGAAUACCAAUAACUUUUACUUGACUGAUGAGAGGUUUGGUGAUUUAUUUCCUAAAUACUGGAGCCCUUCACCAAUUGAAUUCCUAUACCAAAAGACCCCUUCAUCUCCCCCAAACCUCCCCCAAACCUUAGAAAAUAACACUGAGGAUGAUAUAGCCCUUGCUAUGGAAGAUCCAGAGGCAACUUUGGGGCAGGACAGAGAACUUGAUAAGGAGGUAGAAUUCACAGAAUUGAGUCUUUCUCCAAAGAUAAAAAUGGAAGAGCCUGAGAAUUCCGAGGCUUUAUCAUACUCUCAGGAAAACCCAUUCCAAACCUGUUCCAGCAGCCACCUUUCAGAAUCAUCAGAUGAUCUGAGUGAGGAGGCUCUGCAGCUGGACUCAGACCCUGAGGAAGCUUUGGUGACAUUGGAGGAGCUGUUCCAAAACAUGACAGGUCCUGGUCAGCAGAUGGCAACACCAGCACAGGAGGCCCAUAACUCGUUUUUUCUUCAGCUUGACCCCAGAACUCCAGAUGAAUAUGUCAAUAGUUUAGAUUACUUGCUACAGGAGAAGAAGAAUCAAACCCUGGGAAGAGAAGAAUGGGAAAAGCCGCUUUCUGGAGAUGACCAUAGCCUUGAUUCUCUGGAGAACGCUGGAGAUGAUUUUGGAAUGCUUACACAUGAGCAUAGGCUGCUAGUGGAGAAAUUCUGUGUGAAGCUAUAUAUGAUCCCAAAUCUUCAUCCAGGUGAGGUUGUGUUUUUAUCACAGAACCACUUCCUGUCCUGUACCCUGGACUGUACCAAUCUGGUACCUCAGAACAGUCUGGAAGAACUCUUCUUCAGCUUCACAUUUGCACAGCAGGUAUCCUUCCUACAAAGAGGGCUCCUUGGUUAUCUCUAUUUCCAAACUCCCAGCUGCCCUGUCCCAGUUCUCCAGUGGCUAUUUCAGCUACUGACAUGGCCGAUAGAGACGUCAGCGGGAGCCUUCCGAGUCCUGUGGGAUCUCUACAUGUAUGGAAUCUUCCGACAAGCUGGUGGAGAUAGUACCUAUGUGUGGUACCCGAAACUACAGGAGAUUAUCAUGGCCUUUCAGAGCCUGGGAGCAAGAGGCCCUAACUUAUAUCCUAAAGCAUCUCUUCAGGCUAAACUUUCUGUUCAUGAUAAGAGGCUAUUUGAGACUGAUGAUGACAUGAGUUCAAGAGAACAAAAGGCCUCCACACCAGAUACUGAGCUGGAAACUAGCCUUAGCUACAUCUGUAAGUUCCUGACAUUGUGUAUCAUGACCCGGCGGAGUGCUUACACGGAUGGGGAGCUGCUCAGCCUGAUGUACCUGCUAUGCCGAGCCAGUCUGGACAGACAGUUGCGGCUGCUUCCCAGUGCUGACCUUCAGCAGCUCUUGCUCAUGUUACUGGAGGACGUUAAAGACUGGUCAGAGAAGCUCCCAGAACUCUGCUGCAUGUUGAGCUUGGUGUCUGAUCACCAUCACAACCUGCUGGCUGCAGUGCAGCUUGUCCUGGACGUUACUACCCGUGGCAGGCAGCUUCGAGGUCAACUCAGCCUUGUAAUCAUUGCCCGGCUAUUGGGACAGACAGAAGUUCUCACCCUCUGGAAGGAGAAGACCCAGCUCUCCCUGCUCUGCUACCUCCUGGGCCUCAUGAAACCAUCUUCCUUAGGGCAACACUUGACCACCUGCUCCUCAGCCUUGCAAAACCAGAAGCAACAGCUAGAAGUUAACACGGAGCUAGAUCAAGAGGUCUGCUAUCUGUGCCAUAGCCUCCUGACGAUGGCUGGCAUGGUGGUUGGCAGUCAGAGCAUCACUACAGAUAAAUGGGGUGAGCUGCAACAGCUGUGUGUGCAGUUGGAGAGACAGGUCACCACGCACAUCCACGAGAGCCCGCAGGCCAUGUAUCGGACCAAACUCAAGGACCUGGCAGCCCAGACCUACAUCCGCUGGCAGGAGCUCCUGACCCAGUGCAGGCCCCAGGACCAAUACUACAACCCUUGAAAAGAGACCUACAGGGGAGCUGGGAUGGAGCUGACUGGAGCUUUUUGGCAUAGGCAGGACGACUAACAGAGGAAUUGACUCAAGGAAAAUAAAGGAGGCGAGGGGAAAAUUGGGAACCAGAAGAGGAAGGGGAUCCCAGCCCUAUGGAGUGAGCAUCUGCAGCUUCAGCUAAUAACCAUGUCUCUGACAUGCAUCAAGGAACUCUGCCUCCCACUCCUCUAGCCCAGCUUCUCUUAUAACUCAGUCUUCUCCUGUUUGUCCACGUUUACCUUUUUCAGUCCUUCCCAGGACCCUGUUCAUAUCCAUCCCAGUUUUUAAUGUGUUCUGUUUGAGAUUAGGUUCCUGUUUGCACUUUAAAGUCUUAUUUCAGCA